AUGGAGUCCCACAACCGGGCAAGCGGAGGAAGCCGGGUUGAGUGGAGCAAUGAAUAUGCCCCCCCCCCCCCCCCCCCCCAACGAGAGUGGGGAGAUGACGAGCUCAACGAGCGGCAGCGUUCGGGGCUAGGAAGGUGUUCGCGCGCGAAACCGCCGGCAGUGUGUGGGGGGAAUAGAAGGGAAAUGCUAGAUGGGGGCAAUCGCUGGGGGCGUUUGAGAGCUCGCAUGUUUCAUGAGAGCUUCUCGUGGCAACUCAGCACCAUGGGCACAUGCCUGUCUGCUCUGUCCUGGCUGCCCUCCUACCCUGCAAUCCAUCAGGGUGCGACGCGUACUGUGUGUAUAAUAAGUGAGCUGUUAUAUGAUGGGAAAGAAGUGUGCGUUUUGGGCCAACUUUUGACGUCGUGA